UCGGGAGGCUCUAUUUCCGGAGCGGAUGAAAUUGGCGGACGUGGGAUGGCUUCUCAAAGGUUGAAGUAAACGCGUGGUGCUUGAGAGGGGACACUGAAAGCACUGAGGCGGGCACCCAAAGGUGUCGCGACCACAACCCUGCCGGCGACUCCAUGCCGGGUUGGAGGCUUCUGGCUCAGGCGGGCGCCCAGUUACUGGGCUGCGGCGCCGGCUGCGGUGCUGUCCCGGGCUUGGGGAGUAGAACAAACAUCUGGCUUUUUGUUAGAAGUCUCCAUGGUAAGAGUCCAACUUGGUGGGAUGAGCAUCUUUCUGAAGAAAAUGCCUCAUUUGUUAAGCAGUUGGUCUCUGAUGAAGAUAAAGCCCAGUUAGCAAGUAAACUGUGUCCUCUGAAAGAUGAACCAUGGCCUAUACAUCCUUGGGAACCAGGUUCUUCCCGAGUUGGCCUUAUUGCCCUGAAGCUGGGCAUGAUGCCUUUAUGGACCAAGGAUGGUAAAAAGCAUGUGGUCACAUUACUUCAGGUACGCGAUUGUCAUGUCUUAAAAUACACUUCAAAGGAAAACCAUAAUGGAAAAAUGGCAGCCCUAACUGUAGGAGGGAAAACUGUGUCACGUUUCCGUAAAUCUGAAUCUACAUUGGAAUUUUACCGAGAACUUGGAUUGCCACCAAAACAGAGCAUUAAAAUCUUUCAUGUAACAGAUAAUGCUGUAAUUAAGCCAGGCACUCCUCUAUAUGCUGCUCACUUUCGUCCCGGACAGUAUGUGGACGUCACUGCCAAAACCAUUGGUAAAGGUUUUCAGGGAGUCAUGAAAAGAUGGGGAUUUAAAGGCCAGCCUGCUUCCCAUGGUCAGACGAAAACCCAUAGGAGACCUGGAGCUAUUGCAACUGGUGACAUUGCCAGAGUCUGGCCUGGAACUAAAAUGCCUGGGAAAAUGGGAAACCGAUAUAGGACCUCAUUUGGACUGAAAGUCUGGAGAAUAAACACAAAACACAAUAUAAUCUAUGUAAAUGGCUCAGUGCCUGGACAUAAAAAUUGCUUAGUAAAGAUCAAAGAUUCUAAUCUGCCUGCCUAUAAGGAACUCAGUAAAAAUCUACCAUUCCCUACAUAUUUUCCUGAUGGAAAUGAAGAGGAACUACCAGAAGAUUUAUAUGAUGAAAAUGUGUGUCAGCCCAGUGCACCUUCUAUUACGUUUGCCUGAUAUGCUCAGACCACACAUAGUCUGUGAGCUCUGAUAAGCCAUUACAAUAAUAUAACCAAGAAUUCUGUUCCCUCCUUAGUCACAGCACUAUACCUUUCAUUUUUGUAAAGGAUUUAAAUAUAUCACUUCUUCCUAGCUGAAUUUUGUUAGAAAAAUUACCACAUUUAAUAAACCAGUUAAGUAGAUCACAUUUGCUAAAAUUGGCAGUUUGGAUAUUGACAAAGUGGUUUUAAUUUGUAUACGUCAUCCUUUCACUACACAUGUC